AUGAAUAAUGAACUCUCACUUUUCGAGAGUGCAACUGGGGAGAACUUCUGGGACAUGCUGAACAAAGAUUCUAAUUCUGAUAUACUGAUUAUGUUUCAAGAUGCCAUGGAAGCUGAUUCUAGAAUGUUUAGGCUUUCCCUCAAAGACUGCAGCCAUGUGUUUGAGGGUUUGGAGUCUUUGGUUGAUGUGGCAGGUGGAACUGGAGUUGUGUCAAAACUCAUUCAUGAAGCAUUUCCUAACAUCAAAUGCACUGUUUUUGAUCAACCACAAGUUGUUGCUAACUUGACUGGAAAUGAAUAUAUCAACUUUGUUGGUGGAGAUAUGUUCGAAUCUAUCCCUCCUGCUCAUGCUGUUUUACUUAAGUGGGUUUUGCUUGAUCGGGAUGAUGAGCUCUCUUUAAAGAUAUUGAAGAAUAGCAAAGAAGCAAUUUCUCACAAAGGGAAAGAUGGAAAAGUGAUUAUCAUUGACAUAGCAAUUGAUGAAACAAGUGAUGAUCAUGGAUUAACUGAACUGAAAUUGCACUUUGACAUGGUAAUGUUGACUCUGCACAAUGGAAAAGAAAGAGAGAGAAAAGAAUCGGAAAAACUCAUUUACCAUGCAGGCUUUAGUAGGUAUAAGAUUUUUCCAAUAUGCGGUUUCAAGUCUCUAAUUGAAGUUUAUCCUAACUUUAAUUAG